ACAGUUUCCACUCUCUCGCCUCGACGAGUCGCUACUCCCCAGUCCCCACCCCAGAUCGCUCAUUGGCCGGUCGGUCGUCACCCACCCCCUCUCGUCGGGGUCUUCCUCACUGCCUUCUUGCUCCUCACUACCCUGAUUCAUACCCAUAACCUCAGCGACCCGUGCUAGCUCCUGAUCAAAGGUGAUAUUUUUACCAACCGUGGCACUCGAUCUGUGGGCGCAAGUGCUCGAUCUACGGGCGGUGGUGCUCGAUCUGCAGGACAAAGGUGCUGGACCGGAGCAGCGGGAGGAGGAUGUUGGUUCUGGACCGAAGCACGGCGUGUGGACCACUCAGAGCCGCGCCUCCUCCCAUCCCACCCCCAUCCUUUCCAUGGUAGCCGGCCGGAGUGAGUCCCUCCGUCCGUGCCCACCACCGGGGAGCAAACGAUUAACUCGUCGGCGGUCACGUGCUGCUGCCACCCACCAACCCCCGCUCCCGGCGGCAUCAUCCUCUCCACGCCUUAACAACAAGAGCAUCAUAAGAAUCGGACAAAGGGACCUGGUGCUCAGGACCAGCGAGCUCGCCGCCAUCUUCACAUCAGCGGCACCAAGUCGAGCUACCUCGGAAUGCAGAAGAGUCCCCCCUCCCUUGCCCUGUGCCCGAGCUAACUGGGGGUUGCGCCGCUGCUGGUGGUGGUUAGUGCGGGGUGGAGCACGGGCGACGCGAUGGGUACGAGUCUGUGGACGGGUUGCACUGCUGCUGUUGGAGUCUGUAGAGGACGUGUUGCACUGUUGCUGGUGGUGGUCUGUGGAGGACGCUGGGCACGAACGUCGCAUGGGCGGCUGGAGACUCUGCUGGACAAUGAGAGAUGCGUACUGCAGGGACGGAGCGGAGGAAGGCGACCGUCAAGUGAGCUACGGCCGACGGGGACGAACGUCGGAGCUGCGACCGGCGGGGACGAACUCGGAGCUGCGGCCAGCGGGGACGGAUGCCAGAGCUGCAGCGAAGGGGCGGGCCUGUCGAAGUGGAGGAGCGAUGGAGGAAGGCAACUACCCGGCGACAAAGUGUUCUUUUAAAGGAAAAACAUUAGAAUCAACCUGAUGAUUUUAAACUCAUCGUAAGCCUCCUCUCCCACGCGACACCUCGCACUUUUCCUCCCAACCUUAUCUCCUUCCUCUCCUCACAUUUCUUUCCCAAAGACGGCAGGGGACUGUGGAGGGAUGGGCCCCGUGAAUCUUUUGUUGUGCAUGUCGAGCAGCUCCAGCACCGUGAUGUUGGCGAGCUCGACGGGGAGGGGAGGUUGAUAGAUCCCGUGGAUCGACAAGACUAGAUGUGUUCGGUGAGAGUAGAUGUAUGUUAUCUUGUGAUGAACUCGAUGAGCUUCCUCCGGUCGUCCAUUGUGAGGUGGUGACGACGGUGGGAAAGGAGAGAGAUCUAGUG